AUGGCGGCGGCGGCGGUGGCGGCGGCGGCCGCGGCGGCCGCGGCGGCGUCCCUGCAGGUGCUGGAGAUGGAGAGCAUGGAGACGCCGCCGCCGGGCCCGCGGGCUGGCGGCCGAGGCGCGGGCCUGGCGGGGGGCUCGGCGGGCCCGGAGGCGGGCGGCGGCGAGCCGGGCCCCGAGGCGGAGGACUUCGAGUGCAGCAGCCACUGCUCGGAGCUGUCGUGGCGGCAGAACGAGCAGCGGCGCCAGGGCCUCUGCGACAUCACGCUCAGCUUCGGCGCGCGGGGCGGCCGCGAGUUCCGCGCGCACCGCUCGGUGCUGGCUGCCGCCACCGAGUACUUCACGCCCCUGCUGUCGGGCCAGUUCUCCGAGUCGCGCUCGGGCCAGCGGUGGAUAUAUGCGCAGUGGAGCGCCGAGAGCCGGGGCCCGAGCCCGACACGGGUCGAGGCCGUCAUCCAGUACAUGUACACCGGCCGCAUCCGCGUCAGCACCGGCAGCGUGCACGAGGUCCUGGAGCUGGCCGACAGGUUCUUAUUAAUUCGUUUGAAAGAAUUCUGUGGAGAAUUUCUCAAGAAAAAGCUUCACCUGUCUAAUUGUGUAGCCAUUCACAGCUUAGCUCACAUGUAUACCCUGAGCCAGCUUGCUCUGAAAGCUGCCGACAUGAUACGGAGAAAUUUCCACAAAGUCAUUCAGGAUGAGGAAUUUUACACUUUGCCUUUCCAUCUCAUUCGAGACUGGCUAUCGGACUUGGAAAUCACGGUUGACUCCGAAGAGGUUCUGUUUGAAACCGUUUUGAAGUGGGUUCAGAGAAAUGCCGAAGAGAGAGAACGAUACUUUGAAGAACUUUUCAAACUGCUCCGAUUAUCCCAAAUGAAACCUACUUACCUGACUCGGCAUGUCAAGCCAGAGAGGCUUGUGGCCAACAACGAAGUGUGUGUCAAGUUGGUGUCUGACGCAGUGGAGAGGCAUGCUCUGCGAGCUGAGAACAUUCAGUCUGGCACAUUCCAGCUUCCUGCUUCUCACAUCUCCUUAUUACCUCGCUAUGGGCAGAACAUGGACGUGAUCAUGGUUAUCGGUGGCGUGUCGGAGGGAGGGGACUAUUUGAGUGAGUGUGUGGGCUAUUUUGUCGAUGAGGACCGGUGGGUCAACCUUCCUCACAUUCACAACCACCUCGACGGGCAUGCUGUUGCCAUCACAGAAUCCUACGUGUACGUUGCUGGAUCCAUGGAGCCAGGGUUUGCCAAAACGGUGGAAAGGUACAACCCAAACUUGAAUACGUGGGAACAUGUGUGCAGUCUGAUGACAAGAAAACAUUCUUUUGGGCUAACAGAAGUCAAAGGGAAGCUCUAUAGCAUUGGUGGACAUGGCAACUUUAGUCCUGGCUUCAAAGAUGUAACUGUGUAUAAUCCAGAACUUGAUAAGUGGCAUAACUUGGAAUCGGCGCCAAAGAUCCUUCGCGAUGUCAAAGCCCUGGCCAUCGAAGAUCGGUUCGUGUACAUUGCUGCUCGCACUCCUGUCGACCGGGACACUGAAGAUGGAUUAAAAGCUGUGAUCACUUGCUAUGACACAGAGACUCGCCAGUGGCAGGAUGUGGAAUCGCUGCCUCUCAUUGACAAUUACUGCUUUUUCCAAAUGUCGGUGGUCAAUUCCAACUUCUACCAGACGGCCUCGUGCUGUCCCAAGAGCUACUCCUUAGAAAACGAAGAGGCCGUCAGAAAAAUUACUAGCCAGGUUUCUGAUGAGAUCCUCGAGAGCUUACCACCCGAAGUCCUCAGCAUCGAAGGAGCCGCCAUCUGCUACUACAAAGAUGACGUUUUCAUUAUCGGAGGCUGGAAAAACAGUGACGAUAUCGACAAGCAGUAUCGGAAGGAAGCCUACCGCUACUGUGCAGAAAGAAAGCGGUGGAUGCUGCUGCCUCCCAUGCCACAGCCUCGCUGUAGGGCCACGGCUUGCCAUGUGAGAAUCCCGUACCGGUACUUGCACGGCACACAGAGAUAUCCGAUGCCUCAGAACUUGAUGUGGCAGAAGGACCGCAUUAGACAGAUGCAAGAAAUUCACCGGCACGCCCUAAACAUGCGGCGAGUGCCCAGCUCUCAGAUUGAAUGCUAGGUUCUCUGGUUCUCUGUAGCUUCCACAGUUACACCUGUCCGGUGAGGCUGACGCUGUCCAGACUGUUAUUUGAAAAAGUAUGUCAAUAACUUAUUUUGUACCUGAAUGGCUUAUUACCCUCUGUAAAGGAAAUGUAGUUCAAAGAUGAAGACUGGGGAAACUGGUAGUUUUUGUUAGCUUGCAGUCUUUGUCUCUGGUUUUUAUGUGCUAGCUACUAAGAUCUUAUUAAAGACAAGUGGAAAAACCCGGUGUAGUAACUUGGCUGUUUUUCUGCCAACAAAUUAGAACUCUUAUCAUAUGGACUUAGGUGUUGAACUUGCUUUAAAGCACCGUUUUUAUUUGCACAUUUACUUCAAUGCCUCUUUUUUUUCAUUUGUUUCCUGACUGGUUGUUUGAGACGAGAGCAGAAUUUUUGCAUUGAGCCCCCAUCUGCAGGAGGUGUGUGCAAUAGUGAGGCUGAGAUUUGAAAGUAAAAGCACAAUAUUUCAGCAAGAUGAUUUCAGAAUGUUUGCAUUGAUGUGUUAUAUUGAUUGAAAAUUCUGUUUUCUU